UCAGCUCCAGCAGCACUAUGACCGAUGGAGAUUACGACUAUCUGAUCAAACUCCUGGCUCUGGGAGACUCCGGAGUGGGCAAGACCACCUUCCUCUACCGCUACACCGACAACAAGUUCAACCCCAAGUUUAUCACCACCGGUGGCAUCGAUUUCAGGGAAAAGAGAGUGGUGUAUACGACGAACAGCCCCAAUGGAACGACAGGGAAGACGUUUAAGGUUCACCUGCAGCUUUGGGACACGGCGGGACAGGAGAGGUUCAGGAGUUUAACCACAGCGUUCUUCAGAGACGCGAUGGGAUUCCUGCUCAUGUUCGACCUGACGAGCCAACAGAGUUUCCUCAACGUCAGGAACUGGAUGAGUCAGCUCCAGGCUAACGCGUACUGUGAGAAUCCAGAUAUUGUUCUUGUGGGUAAUAAAGCCGAUCUGUCCGACCAGAGAGAAGUUCAGGAGAAACAAGCAAAAGAACUCGCGGACAAGUACGGCAUUCCCUACUUCGAGACGAGUGCGGCCACCGGUGCGGAGGUGGACAAGGCCGUGGUCACGCUACUGGACCUGGUGAUGAAGAGGAUGGAGCAGUGUGUGGACAAACCCGCGGCCGACACACACAACACGGACGGCACCAGCAAACUGGACGCUGCGCCGGCCAACGAGAAGAAAUGUGCAUGUUAAAGACGCAGGCAGUGGCCUUCCUCUAGCGGACCGUCUCAGAGCGCCGGCAUCUCGCACGCCCCGUCUGACCCACUGUAUUACAUGUGUGUGUGUGUGUGUGUGUGUGGACAUGUGUAUUUCUCAUCGGAGAGUUUGUGAGAGCUGUCGUACUGCCUCGUGAUCUUUAACAAACCCUGACAAAUUGAUCCCGGAUAACUUAAUAAACUAUUUGCAAAUGCAUCUCAAGUUUUGAAUAA